AUGUUACCAUUGUCUCAGCCUAUUGAUUUUCCCCACUCCGAACAAGGAGUGAAAUAUUCUCAUGUGAAUAUUUAUAAGUGUCUUGAUGAUGGCUACAACUGGAGAAAAUAUGGGCAGAAGAUGGUGAAAGGCUUUGUGUUCACUCGAAGAUAUUAUGUGUGCACACAUCAAGGUUGUCUUGCUAAGAAGAAGAUUGUGCAUUCUAUUGAUGGUAUUGUAACCGAAAUCAAUGAUAAGGAAAAACACAAUCAUGGACCUCCUAAUCCCAUCAAGCUCACUUCACAUGAAAGUUCGACCAUGCAAGAAUCUAGACAUGCAACGAUUCAUCAUGUGUCAGGAACAAGUGAUAGGCAAAAAGUAGGUCAUCAUCAAGUGAUUAAGAUAAAUGAUGAACCUAUUACCAAAAGAAGAAACACAGAAGCAAUUCCUCAGGAUAUUCUAUCAUCUUUUCGCAGCAAAGGCCCAAAGCCUAGAGUCAUUCUAAAAACAAUAAGUGAUAUGGAUAUUUUAGAUGAUGGAUUUAAAUGGCUCAAAUAUGGGCAGAAAGUUAGAAAAGGCAACCCAAAUCCAAGGAGCUAUUACAAAUGCGCAAAUCCAGGGUGCAUUGUUAGGAAGCUUGUUGAGAGGGAUUCAACAGAUCAAAGAGUUGUCGUAACAAUAUAUGAAGGAAAACAUAAUCAUGAUGUGCUACGUACUACCUUCAACUACUAUCCUUCUUCUUUCCAACAAUAG